UCACCUUCUACCCAGUGCAGUCCACUUGAGGAAAUCAACAGAAUGAAACUUUUCGCCGUUACCAUCAUCUUCGCCAUCGUGGCCGUACUCGUUAUGGUCGAAGGCAUCCGUUGGGGACCGCAUGGUCCCGGUCAUCACCAGCCAGGACAUGGAGGACCACCAUCACCACCACCACCGCAACCGAUUAACGCCACGGAGAUCUGGAACCAUCUGAGAGAGCUGAUCACUGCUGCCAUCAAGGACGCCAUUGCCGGAAGUGGUUCAGGGUCAAACUCUACCAGCAAUGCUGGCUCAUCGAACUCCUCGUCUUCGGGCUCUUCCAGCUCUAACUCUACUGACGGAAGUAGCUCGAACUCAACAUCCGGAAAUUGAAUCGUUUCGAUUCGAGGAUGAGUUACAACGGAAUACAGGAAUUGACCGGUUUGAGCAAAUAAAUAGUUAAAUUUGGCAUUUGA